AGGUUCAUAUUCUCCCGCGUUUUCACUGGUCUACUGCCUCAGAUCCAUUGGUGGAUUGCAGGCACUCGAACCAGGAAUCUUCUUCCGUGGGAGUGUGCUCUGAGAGAGCGAGAGAGAGAGAGAGAGAGAGAGAGGGAUGGCAGCUUCAAGCGUCCGUAGUAAUUUGCGAGGCUUCGAGAUAUUUGGCUGCAGCACGUCUGUCGAGGCCGACCCUGAGAUUUUUGGAGUUAUUCAUUUCUGCGGAACGCCUCCCGCGACCAGAAGAGGACUCGGACUCGAAAGCCACACUUGACAGGACACGGUGAUGAAACUCCCGCCUCUCCUCGUCGAUUCAGUGUUUUUGGUGCUUCUUUGUCGCAGAGCAUAGCUCCACGCUCGGGCAGACCCUGUCACGCAGUCGUGAUCGUUCAGGCUUCCUUGCUGUCUGGAAGUCAUGCCGGAGCGAAUUGGCGGAUCAGAAAGCCGUGUCAGGGAUGUUCACUUGAUCGGUUCUUGGUUUCAACCGUUUGCUUCUCGAGGUCUAGAAUGAGGAGGGAAUGCUAGAAGAUAUCGUGUCGAGGCUGGAAAGCCAAUUAUCCAUACGAAGCGUGAAGCUGGAAAUCAGAAACGAGUCGUCAUGUCGGUGAAGAGUGGAGAUGAAAGUCAACCGGGGACGACUCCUUAUCGCUGAGGAUGACAGGGUCGUAAUAUAGAAUGGUUGAGAAAAGCGAUGGGCAUAUGGACUCCCACGUCUUCCCCCCUUGGCGUUCUUUGACCUCCUCUGCUCCGGGCGAUGCCUCCGUCCAUAAAUUAUUGUCAGUAUUAUAUGCGGGGGUUUUGCAGUGCCCUCUGGCUUGCUUUGAGUGGAGUGACUCAUUUUUAAGAACACCAUUGAGAACAGGUGUGGAUCAAGGAAUUUGAGUCGUCUGUAUAUUUCGCAAGAGUUCAUGUCUGGCACGCGGAGAGUUCACUCAUACGAUCCGCCCACCGUGCUGUAACUUUUUUACUGUCAUUGUAGCACCCAGUGCACUAUGGAUGAAACUAAAUGGGGUCAAGAGGAUGGGUACGGUUAUAUUUGCGCCAUCUGCGAGGAUUUUGGGGAGCUAUUGUGCUGCGAGCAGUGCCGGCAAGGAUUUCAUCUGGCCUGCAUUGGCUUGGAAAGCUGCCCUGAUAGUGAAUCAUGGCUUUGCGACGAUUGUCGCCAAAACAAGGUGCGCUGUUUCGACUGCAAGGAGUUUGGAUGCUACAAAUCGGAUGCUUACAGAUGUACGGUGAGAAGCUGUGGAAAAAUUUAUCAUCAUCAGUGCGCGAGCAAGUGGGAGAGGCCUCUGUCGAAAAAAGGUGGAAUUGUCUGUCCCCAUCAUUACUGCGACGGAUGCUGGAAUAGCAAGUCCAACCGAGUAAGAAAGGAAAAGAUCUACAGAUGUCUCAAGUGCCCUGUUGCAUAUCACGAGUUCUGCAUGCCGGACGGUGGAGGAGUACUAGAAGACAUACCGGGGUUUAUGCUUUGCCCUAAGCAUAACGAAGAAUGGAAAUGUCAAAAUGAUGGGGUGCCGACUGAAGACGUGAAAACUGGUUUCGACAGACUCCCUCUUCCAAGUGUGCCCCAAGACUUUAAGCUUCCACAGUCCCUUCAAGCAUUCGCCAAACGCCUCCAAAAUAAACCUCCUGCAUACGUGCAUAUUCGCCGCAAUUACUAUCUUGGAAAAAAGCCGAGGAAGAGACCCGAGGAUGAGAGUAUGCAGUGCUCGUGUCAACCAUCCGGUGGGUCAAAUGUUGCUUGUGAUAAGGAUUGCUUGUGUGGAAUGCUGCUUACCAGCUGCACCACAAGCUGCAAAUGUGGGGAUGCGUGCUCCAACGUACCUUUUCAGAAACGGCCUGGUCGCAAGAUGAAGCCUGUUAAGACGGACCAUUGUGGAUGGGGCUUAAAAGCGGACGAAGCUAUCAAGGCUGGUGACUUUCUGGUGGAAUAUGUUGGAGAAGUGAUAGAUGACGAAACUUGUGAGAAGCGACUAUGGGCCAUGAAAGAGCAAGGCGAAAGUAAUUUUUACAUGUGCGAAAUAAGCCGGGAAAUGGUCAUUGAUGCAACUUUCAAGGGGAAUCUUUCUCGCUUCAUCAACCACAGUUGUCAACCGAACUGCGAAUUACAAAAAUGGCAGAUUGAUGGAGAAAUUAGAAUCGGGGUAUUCUCUACGGUCGACAUUAAGAAGGGAGAUUACGUCAAUUAUGACUACCAGUUUAUUCAGUUCGGAACAGACCAACAGUGCCACUGCGGAUCUUCGUCUUGUAGGGGACAGCUGGGCAAGCCCCAAAAGCAGAAACUUAGUGUAGAUUCCAGGGUUGACGGCAUAAGUAGCGACCUUAUUGUCCCAAGAUCUGUGAGAAGGUCGAGGCUAUGCGGGAGAUUCAGUCUUAAGCGUGGAUUUCCUCCGAUCAACGAAGUUCUCCGUCAUCAGAAAAACUCAAUUGGUGAGGCCUUAAAAGACGGAGUGGUUCAAGCAGAUCUGCAUUAUCAACGAAGAGGGGAAGAAAAUCGUGUUGGUCUCCGUGUUAAAGUGUGGUGGCCUCUAGAUCAAAAAUUCUACCAUGGACAAAUCGUUCGUUACGAUCCAACAAUCGGUAGCCACCAGAUUAAGUAUGAUGAUGGAGAACAGGAGUAUAUUCUGAUGAACAAGGAGAGGUGGGAGGUUGAGGUGACGCUGCCAACACACCGCAAGAGAGGCAACUCGCGCAUGAUGUGCAAGAAACGGUUUUCACAAAGGAUUGAAAAGCAAGGAAAUUUGAACAAAAAAUCAAAGUUUGAAGAGAUGCAAAGGUCACCACAUUAUACAACUGCAUCUCGGAAGAUGAACUUUGGUGAGUGUUAUGGAACAAGAAAAGGAGUGUUUUGGAACUUUGAAAGAUAUGGAGAGUCCAUUUAAUGUUUCUACGGCUUGAGGACUUUGAAGACAAAUCUGAUGGUUGGGAUGUAGUUUCUCUUUGGCCUCGAUACGAAGUCGAAGAAAUAGAUGCACUAUGAUGGAAAGGAUUCAGAAGGCAGAUAAGAAUGCAUUCUUGGCGUCACAUGUUCCUACUCAAUUGACGAAUCAGUUAUGACUUCUUUGCCGUGAUUUUGAUUAGACCGGGACGAAAGUAAAAUAGUAGGAAUGAGGACUUAGAGGUCAAGAAGAUCGAUGGGUGGAAAUUAGAAACUGGAACGAUAUAGAGGUUGCUAGAGUCUGAAAAGGACCAUUAGCUUAGCUUAACGUGCAAGAAGAUCUCAUUCCCGGCGGACCUCAGGAUUCAAGUGAAUGCAUGUUGCCUGUAAUCACAUCAUCGCGCCUAAAUCUUCAGCAAAGGUUACCGAGAUUCCUGAUCGGUUGAAGUCAACAAGUGUACCAGUUUUCCUAUUUGAGACCAUUAUUAGAGACCUUGUUGUGGUGAAUACAGCUAAUCCUACCAUGAAGUCGAUGGAUGGUACAG